AUGGUAUUGUUGGCUGUCUUUUUGUCUUCGAAAGGGUCUUUGGCACAAAUUAGGUACUCUGUUUCUGAGGAACAAGACAAAGCUGUCGUUGGAAACAUCGCGAAGGAUUUGGGCAUUGAUGCACGAACACUGAAGGACAGAGGGUUUCGUAUUGUUGCAAGCUCAAACAGUUCCCUUUUUAGAUUAAACCUUAGCGAUGGCACGCUGCACGCGACGGGGCGGAUAGACAGGGAAGAUAUUUGUGCGCGAAGCAGCUCUUGUCUAAUUAAUCUCAAAACCAUUCUCGAGAACCCGUUAGAGAUUCACUAUGUCGUGGUAGAGAUUGUAGAUGUUAACGAUCAUUCUCCGCUGUUUACUGAAAAGAAAAAGCGUUUAGAGAUAUCUGAAUCUGCAUCACGGGGUGUGAAAUUUCAGCUUCAGCCAGCACGGGACCCGGAUGGAGGCAUAAAUUCCAUCCAGACCUAUAAAUUGAGUCAAAAUGAUCACUUUAGUUUAGAGGUUAAAGAUCGUGGGGAAGAUGGUAAAAUUCCCAUUUUGAUAUUACAAAAACCUCUCGACAGGGAAGUCGCAACAACUCACAGGUUAGUGUUGAACGCUAUUGACGGUGGGAAACCACCAAAGUCGGGAACAGUAGAAAUACAUGUGGAUGUUCUUGAUGUGAAUGAUAACGCCCCAGUUUUUACAGAAGGGAAAUAUAUGGUUACACUUCAAGAAAACGCACCAAUUGGAACUACAGUGAUUAAGGUGAAUACUACUGAUUUAGAUGAAGGUUUAAAUGGCGAAGUUGUGUAUUCUUUUGGUGACAUAGUGAGCAAGAAGGUGCGUGAAUUGUUUGAUUUAAACCCUGUCACUGGCGAAAUCACAGUAAAACAUCACAUUGACUAUGAGGAAAAGGACAACUAUGAAAUAGAUAUACAGGCUUCAGACAAAGGAGUUGUCCCUCUCACUUCAGACAAAAGUGUCAUGAUAAAAGUUGUGGAUGUUAAUGACAAUGUACCUGAGAUUGAGGUGACAUCUUUUUCAAGAGCAGUGUCUGAAGAUUCAAGACCUGGAACAACAGUUGCACUGAUCAGUGUCAGUGACUUAGACUCUGGUGUCAACAGUAAAGUGUCUUGUUCGUUACCUGACAGCUUACCUUUCAAGCUGAUGGCAUCCACACAGAAUAACAUAUACUCACUAGUCACAAGCUCGCCCCUAGACAGAGAGAAAGAGUCCCAAUAUGAUGUCCCUUUAACCGCUGUUGACUCAGGUAAGCCACCUUUGGCAUCUGAAAAGACAAUUACAGUCCUGAUAUCAGAUGUCAAUGAUAACAGUCCACAGUUUUCGGAGAGUCAGUAUGCAUUUUAUGUGACUGAGAAUAAUGUUCCAGGUGAAUCUAUUUUCACAGUGUCCGCCUCUGAUAAAGACCUUGAUGAAAAUGCUCAAGUGCAUUAUCAAAUUUGCAGGGAAUGUGGAGAUGACAGCAAAUACGCUUCUUUUCUAAACAUUAACUCAGAAACUGGGAAUGUUUAUGCACUGAAGAGCUUUGAUUUCGAAACCCUUAAGUCGUUUCAUUUUCAAGUAUUAGCAAUUGACAAUGGGAAACCAGCCAGGGUCAGCAAUGCCACUGUUCAUGUCUACAUUUUAGACCAAAAUGAUAACGCCCCAGUGAUUCUGUCCCCAGCUAGAGCAAACGGCACCUCUGAGGGUGUAGAGGAAGUGCCACGUAACGUGAAGGCAGGUCAUUUUGUCUCCAAAGUGCAGGCCUACGAUGCGGAUGUAGGAUAUAAUGGCUGGUUGCUAUUUUCAGUGCAGGAUGUCACCGACCACACUCUCUUUGGUCUGGAGCGCUACACUGGUCAGAUUCGCACCCUUAGGCCCUUCACUGAAACAGACGAAGCCCAACACAAGCUGGUCAUAUUGGUAAAAGACAAUGGGAACAUUUCGCUCUCGGCCACUGCCACCCUUAUCAUUAAAGUCGUGGAGCCCAAAGAGGCCUUCGCUGCUUCAGAUGUGCAAAACCCUUUGAGUGACGAGGACACCAAUGUCACAUUUUAUCUGAUCAUAACACUGGCAUCGGUGUCAGCCUUGUUCAUCAUCAGUAUCAUUGUGCUGAUUGCCAUGCAGUGCUCCAAACAAACAGACUUUUCGUCCAAGUACUUGCAAGACACUAAUUAUGAUGGCACCCUGUGCCACAGCAUCCAGUACAGAUCUGGAGACAAGAGGUACAUGCUGGUUGGACCCAGAAUGAGUAUCGGCUCCACUAUAGUUCCUGGCAGCAAUGCAAAUACACUAGUGGUUCCAGAUCGAAGGCGACGGCUAUCUGUGGAGGUAAGGCAGUGUUCCACAGAGAAAUGUGUUUACAACUGA